CUCAUUUUUAUUAUCAAUUUAUUUUUUUCAAUUUCAAUUUCAUUUAUAUUUCUGUAGCUCUCGCUCUCUCCCACCCCAUUCUGUAUUCUAUUUUCUCUCUUUAUUUAGCCAAAGUGCGAUUUGAAACUUUGAGAGGGCCAGUCUGUCAAUCGCGCGCUGCCGACGCUGAAUCACCCCCCGCACUUUCCCAUACUACAUAAUCCCGCUGCAUUUGCAAGUUCAUUCCGCCAUUAUUCCCCAGCGCUGAUUCCGAGAGUUCCAGACCCCUGCCCAUUUUGGUUCAUUUCUCUUCAUUUUAUUUCCAACGCAUUAUUUAUUUUAAGAUUCGCACGCUAAUUUGGGACCGCGCAGAGAUAGCCACGCCGCACCUUUCCUUAUUUUUAAAGCUCAGAAUAACUGGGCCCCUUAACGCAGGCACUUUAUCCCGGCCACAGCCUUCUUACGAUCCGGCUUUAUUUUGUGCCUCUGGGUUAUGAGCAACAUAUUUGUUCACAACCCUUCUAGAAUAUUAGCUUUGGACGAUCCCAUGGUUGGGAUAGCGAUGGGCGCACACCAACCGGAGGAGAGCGCCUCGUCAUACUCGUACAUAAAGAUUAAGGACAGUGAAGCCACCGCAGCCAACACAUCAGCUCCCAAAUCGCAUGCGCCAGCAUUGUUGCAGGGACAUGCGAACUCGCAGGGUGUACGUGCUAGAUUGCCCGCUGUCGCGGUAACAAACUCGGAGUCAGACAUGCUGCAUGGCCACCAAAACGGACGCACAGAAAACGGCAGUAGCAGUAACAACACUUCUGGGUUAUACUUGCGAGGGCGAAAUCCUGAACAUGUAUCUCGGACGGCAGCUGGGCGGUUGUUGCAGCGCAACUAUGCACACGGAGGGCAGCGAUUGGCCACAGUAGCAGCAGGCCCGUUGAACCCGCUACUGGAUCCGCGGAUAUACCACAACAAUACCCGGCCCGCCGACGCAACCGCUGCGUACCAUGAGGAGCAGAUGCGACGGUCAAUGCAUCGGUUAGUUUCGGCAACUUCCAGAUUUGACCGGGUGACCAACGGCGCGCUGUCGUUUCUUUCUGAUAUUGCACGGCUGUACAUGAUGCGCAUUGGCGAGGCGUGUCGCGCGCGAGCAGACUUGGCAAAUCGCACAGACCCCAAUUUUCUAGACGUAUUGGAAACUACUUCUGUAGACCUUGGCGUGAACUGGGAGUCGGUCAGCGCGUGGGUUGAAGAAUGGAAAGGUGAGGUCGGCAGCAUCGUCUCUCCACCGGCUCGCGAGGUUAAUGACUAUGACGCAGAAAACAAUCAUACGGUGGCAGACAACUCACGCCACAGCCUCGAUAACGGCACAGAUCAGGCAGACCAGCAGCACAGUCUCGCCAACGGGACGGAGCAGGCAGCUGAGAAGCACACGAGACGCAACUCUUGGGACGGCAUACAGCAGGCCUCCCGCUCCGCAACCACUUUCGCUGUUGCUAGCGCAAUGUCACGAAGUAUGUCUGCCGGUGAAUUUGCCCCGGUGUACGGUGGCAGACAGGUGCGCGGCGAUUUAGAUGGCUAUUGGAACAAAAAAAUUGACACGGACAAGGACGUGCGUGGCUCUGGCGACGACAACGACAAUGGCGAUAAUGACGAUGGCGGCGGCAUGGACGACAUACUCGGCGAUUUGAAUUUGGGAUGUUUGCUUUUGGAUGAAGCAGACAUGGCUGAGGGCACGCAGGCCAUCAUAAUGCCUCACUUGCCACCUUUAGUAUCGCUCACCGAGCAGGACGAUGAGGGCGACCAGAGCGAUGUGGAGAUGGAUACCGGCACCGCUUCGACGGUUGCUGAGGCUGUGGCGGCGCUGGAGGACUCUGUCAAUGUGCCAUCGACCGCUGCCGCGGCCAAGGAUACGGUGCCCGCCGGCUCUGCCUGUGGAGACAAUGCGUUGGAUACCGAUACUGAUACGGAAGAGACACCAGAGACCGUCCUGGCCCGCGUUUUGCAAAUCACUGCCGCCUCGCUGUCGGCACUCCACCCAUCUAUUGCUGGGGACAAGCCGCUGUAUGCAUUCUUUCGGCCGGCAUCGAAAUUCGAUCCGGCGUGCGCCCCCGACGACAUGCUGCCUGACUUUGACAUACCUGAUGCUGCGUUUGUGCCGGCGCCGGCGCGCGUCGAGGAAAAACUAUCAAAAAUUGACCGGCUAGAACCGGGAAAGCCGAUGUUCUUGUACGACGACACGGCGGAGCGCGACGUAGUUGGCGAUUCGGAGAAGGUAUGGCGCCAGGCCAAGCAUGCGAUCUAUCAGGGUAUCUACGACGAUGCUGCCGAGCAGGCGAUGGAUGAAAUGGAAAACGCGCCAACGCUGAUUCGUCGAGUGUACCCGGAAGAGGAGGAGGAGACUGACGACGUUGUUGAGGCAGUCGGCCUCAGGGCAGAGGUUGGUGGAGAGGGCAGCGGUGCCAAGCAAACCAAUGCUGCCGAUAAGGUAGGCCAGUCUGGCCUUUCUGACAGCAGUGCGCUUGUCCGGAUUGACAACGAUAUCGAAGAGGACGUGCUGGACAUUGACAUGGGCAUGGACGUGGAUGUGGACCUUGACUUUGAUCUAGAUGUCGUCUCUGGUAACCUAAACACCCCAAGAUUGGAGCAAGUUGGAGGCGGCAGCAAUUUCUUCAACAUGGCUGAUGGCAGCAGGCCUGCUGGCAUUGGUGGCGGCGGUGGUACUCAUGAAGAUGCCUUGGCUGACUUGUCGCAGAAAACAGUGAUUGUGCCGGAAGAUGUGAUCGAGGAGCCCAUUAUGUUGCCCAUCUCCAGCGGCCUGCGCGGUUCGGGCAAGCAGCACUGGUCUAGCGAAUGGUUCACGCCGGCAAUGAGCAAGCGCCUGACCACGAUGGUCGCCGCAGAUGUAGUGCCCUGCGACUCGCUGUUCUUGAACAACCCCCUGGCCAACCAGCGCCUUGUUGUCGACGAGGUUGCCCGGGCAUUUGUAGACAGCGAGGGUGGCGGUCAUCUGCAUGCGACCACACCAUUGGUGGGGUUCGGACCGAGCGCAAACACCUACACUGUUCCCAACAGCUCGGGCUCGGCGCUGCGUUGGACGCUGCACCACAUCAUGCAGACCAAGGGCACAACCACGGUCGACAGCCUGUACACCGGUCGGUCUUCGCUUGCGGGUGGCGUAUCCGGCGACGGAGUCAGCCAGUAUAUUGGCCGCAUGUGCUCAUUGGUCAAGACAUCGAUCGACGAGGAGACCGAACUGGUUGUCAACGGCGCCCUAGGGCUGGGCAAGGACAAGGGUAGUACCAAUGCCAAUGCCAAGCCGGACCAAGGUGAGCUGAUUGAACAGCUUGUUGCGGGUACUGACAAGCGCAUUCCCUGGGCGCAGAACAGGCUGGACAUCCAUGUCGUCGAGUCGCGGAUCGUUGGCAGGGCGCCACAAAAGAUCGACCCCAAGCAGCCGCCGCCUCCAACACCAGCACCGGUUGCAUCAUCGUCUCGGGCUAGCAGUCCACCGCCGCCGCCGCCACCACCGCCAGCGUCAGCAUCGGCAUCGUCUGCGCAGGACAAGCCUAGACUGACCUUAGUGUCGUCAUCUUUGUCAUCAGCUCCAGAGCGCAAGCAUAGCCCAGCCAACAUUGGCGGCGAAGUGGUCGAGCACAACGCGUCACCCAUCGACCGGAAGCACCAGCGGCGGCAAGCGGAUGAAUGAAUUGUCCUGAUAUACCGAUAUGAGCAUAUUUUCUUGUGAGGUUUGGAGCGCAAAACUCCUUUCAUAUUUGGUCAAACGCUCGUAUAUUUCGAUUAUAUGUCGAUUCUUCAUGCUCUUUUUGAGGAUUUUCUCGAGGUUUUUGGGUGAUUUUUUUUGGCUAUUUGUUGCUUCAAGUAAAAAAUAUUCUGCACUCGCGAUUAUUUAUUAGCUGCAAAAUUGAAGUGCUUUUGUAGGCCUUUUUGGUGUUUUUUCUUGGAAUUUAUCUGUCAACUUCUAG